AAAGGACGGCCUGUCCCCGCCGUACGGCACUGGUCGCCCUCCUCAGCGCUGCUAGUACAUUUCCUCUGCCGCCUGGAAAGCGGGGUUUCAGCUUCGGGUUUGCGUGGCAGUGGGGCUUGUGAGUUAUCAAUCAAAUGCCGCGGUUUAGGAUACUUGCUCAUGCUUUAAAAGGCUUGGAUAGAAUACGGAUGAUGUGAAACCAGGAGCUGUGAUUUAUCUUGGGGGAAUCACGACAAGAGGCGGAGCUCAGAGGCUUCAGAAAUGAUUGAAGCUCGUCCUCACCAACCGUCUUUUCUGGGUUCCUGCUUUUACAGCCGCGGGACUUAGUGGAGUCAUGGCAGUGCCCUUUGUGGAAGACUGGGACUUGGUGCAAACCCUGGGAGAAGGUGCCUAUGGAGAAGUUCAACUUGCUGUGAAUAGAAGAACUGAAGAAGCAGUUGCAGUGAAGAUUGUGGAUAUGAAACGUGCCAUAGACUGUCCAGAAAAUAUUAAGAAAGAGAUCUGUAUCAACAAAAUGUUAAAUCAUGAGAAUGUAGUGAAAUUUUACGGUCACAGAAGAGAAGGCAAUAUCCAGUAUCUAUUUUUGGAGUACUGCAGUGGGGGAGAACUUUUUGAUAGAAUAGAGCCAGACAUAGGCAUGCCUGAACAAGAUGCUCAGAGGUUCUUCCAUCAACUUAUGGCAGGGGUGGUUUAUCUGCAUGGUAUUGGAAUAACUCACAGGGAUAUUAAACCAGAAAAUCUCCUAUUGGAUGAAAGGGAUAACCUCAAAAUCUCUGACUUUGGCUUGGCAACCGUGUUUCGGCAUAAUAAUCGGGAGCGUUUGUUGAACAAGAUGUGUGGUACUUUACCAUAUGUUGCUCCAGAACUUCUAAAGAGAAAAGAAUUUCAUGCAGAGCCAGUCGAUGUUUGGUCCUGUGGAAUAGUACUUACUGCAAUGUUGGCUGGAGAAUUGCCGUGGGACCAGCCUAGUGAUAGUUGUCAGGAAUAUUGUGAUUGGAAAGAAAAGAAAACAUACCUCAAUCCUUGGAAAAAAAUUGAUUCUGCUCCUCUAGCUCUGCUACAUAAAAUCUUAGUUGAGAACCCAUCAGUAAGGAUUACCAUCCCAGACAUCAAGAAAGAUAGAUGGUACAACAAACCACUCAAGAAAGGGGCAAAGAGGCCCCGGGCUACUUCUAGUGGUGUAUCAGAGUCUCCUGGUGGAUUCUCUAAACAUAUUCAAUCCAACUUGGACUUCUCUCCAGUAAACUGUGCUUCUAGUGAAGAAAGUGUGAAGUACUCCAGUUCUCAGCCAGAACCACGGACAGGCCUUUCCUUAUGGGACACCAGCCCUUCAUACAUUGACAAACUGGUACAAGGGAUCAGCUUUUCCCAGCCCACUUGUCCUGAUCACAUGCUUCUAAAUAGUCAGUUGCUUGGCACUCCAGGAUCGUCACAGAACCCCUGGCAGCGCUUAGUCAAAAGAAUGACGCGAUUUUUUACCAAACUGGAUGCAGACAAAUCUUAUCAAUGCCUGAAAGAGACUUGUGAGAAAUUGGGCUAUCAGUGGAAGAAAAGUUGUAUGAAUCAGGUUACUGUAUCAACAACUGAUAGAAGAAACAAUAAGCUGAUUUUCAAAGUGAAUCUGGUAGAAAUGGAUGAGAAGAUCUUAGUUGACUUCCGGCUUUCUAAGGGUGAUGGAUUGGAAUUCAAGAGACACUUCCUGAAGAUCAAGGGGAAACUGAGUGAUGUUGUGAGCAGCCAGAAGGUUUGGCUUCCUGUCACAUGAUAGAUCCACUGGUUCUGGGAUUCCUGGUGAAUAUAGUGCUGCUAUGUGGACAUUAUUCUUCCUAGAGAAGAUUAUCUAUUCUGCAAACUGCAAACAAUAGUCCCUGAAGAGUUGUCUUCCCUCUAGCCAAACAUUUUCCAAUUCUUCUGUAUAUUCUUCAUACAAAUAAUAUCUGUAUCUUAACUGUAAGUGAAACUUUGGGGAAAGGGUGGAUAGAAUUCAUUUAGAUAGUCCUUCAUGUGCAUUUAGCAUCUGAAUUGAGACCCGCCUGGUGGAAACCAUGCUCUGGGGUUACAUGAGUUUACCAGCAUUUAUACCAAUAUAAUGAAAAAUUAUACUCUUGUCCCAUUCUACCAAAACAUUUGGUUCCAUCCAAAAAGUACAUAUUUCCUGCACAUUGACUUAAUCACAUGGAUAAAUUAGUAAAAAAAACAAAAACCUUGUUAUUUGUGGGGCAGUAAAUUUAUCAGUCAGUCUGAAGUGAAGCCAGCUUCAAAAUGUAUACCCCAAGAUUUGUACUUAAAAGGGCCUGACCAGGUACAUAAAGCUGUUUUUGAACAAUAAUUAAAAUUGCAAGUUGGUAUGUUUUUUUCUGGUAUAGUUAAUAUGUAUGAUUGGUCUUUCAAAUAGAAGUUGAGCAUAAAUUCUAGUGCUUAACAAUCUUUACUCGGAAUUACUGUUGCACAUUUUAAAUAUUUUUCUAUAUUAUUUUCUACUUUCACAGCCAUAUUUUAAUUCUUUAUUACAGAAAUAAAUUCUAUUUUGAAAAU